UCAGCCACUGCGCCACCAGGGAAGCCCUGUUCAUGCUAUUAUUACUUCUUUAAUAAACAUCAUUGAAAUUUUUAAAAAAGAACAAAAAACCCGUAGCCUGAGUGGCUUAAACAACAGAAGUGUCUCACACUUCCAGAGCCUGGAGUCCGAGCGGCAGGCACUGGCGGGGUAGACUUCAAUUCAUCCUGAGGCCUCACUGCCACUAAGCUGUGUGCUCAUGAGACUUGUUUGUGCACAAGAAGAUUGGAGAGCCUGUCAGAUCGGAACCACACUGAUGACCUCAUUCAAAGGCCCCACCUCUAAAUACCGUCACACUGGGCGGUAAACGGGCUUCAGCACGUGAAUCUGAGGGGACACAUUGUGUGUAACAAACUUCUCCAGAAGGCUCUGCCUAAUUUUGCUCAACUUCAGGUGUAAGCAGCUCAGUUUGUGGUCAACUCCAAGUUCCUUACCAUCGAAACCCCCUCUAGCGUCAAGACCCAUGUGGCAGGACCAGAGGGUGAAGAAGCUCUCACCUCAGAGAGGACGAAGGAACAUCCAUCAGGAUCCUUUUCAAGACCUUGUCUGCACAUUUGAUGCAUUUCCCUGACCCUGCAAGCCAGGGCAGCUCGUGGGCUCCCCUUCUACAGAUGGAGAAAAGCAAAUAGCAGUGAGGCCAAGCUAGUUUCUCAAGAUUGCAGUGGAUUCGUCAGUGAGCGACGGAGCCCAGGACUCCAGUCUGGGGCCGUUUGUACAACUUACUCCUGCACAGAAACCUGGAGCAUUAAGUACUGAUGUCAGUGUGAUGCUUCAAGAUGGACAUUUGAAAUCUGUCUGGGUGUGAGAGGGUUUCAGUGCCCAUGAGGCUUGAGCACCUGUGUUCUAAUCAUGAAAGACUGACGUGUGGAAGAGAUUGGAUUAACUUGGAGCAACACAGAGAAGUAGAAGGGAGGCUGAUUUCCAUCCUACAAAAAAUUUUCUCACACUUCAUGCUAUUUCAAAGAAAAGUGGUAGUGAUUUCCCUGUCCCUGGAAGCAUUCAACAACUUCUGUGGCUAUUGUAGAGGAGAUCAAAGCAAGGGAUGGAGUAUAGACUAAAUGUUUUUCAAGGGUCUCUGCCCGUUGGGUUGCAUUUAUGAUUUCAGACAUUAGCCAGCCCAGCCCAUAACAACAGCCCUCUGUUCUUAAGGCCAAUUGACUAAGAGGUACAUGUUGAAAUGAGGGUGGCUUUUAAAAGCUCUGAUUCCCUGGCACUCUGCAUAAAUACAGUAGCCUCAAACUUGUCAAGUGCUCUCUGCUUCAGUAAAACUAAGGCAAGGUUUUCAUUUUGUAGUUGACGGUUAGCAGACUGAACCAGUUUUCCUCAUGCGUGUGCCCUAAUAAGCCCCUAAGAUGAUAACCUAGCCCCAAAACCCCUAAGCUUCUUAGCUGCAUAUCCCGACCCCCCACCCCCUCGAGCUGGUGCUGCGUUUGAUGUUGGAAAUGAAACACAGGACUCACAGCUGCUUCUCGCUGGAUGCUGACUCCAGAGAAACAACUAUUGUAUAGCCAGUGAGUGGUUCUUAGACUUUGAGCAUUAAUAGACCAGUAGAUUUCUAAAAGAAUUGUAGAAAGAGGUGGAUAACUUUUUAUUUUGGCCAAGUAAGGGUUUUUUUUUCUAAAUUGCCAUCUACACUCAUCUCUAUAAAAGGAAGGACACUUUGUCCUUAUGCUUAGCGGCUGCAUUCUGACGUUUAUUGAUUGUCAUGAUGUCUGCAAUUUACUUUCAAAUGGUUCAAAAGGAAAAAAGCAAUAGAGAUAGAUGAGCACAUGCAGCGAAAUGUUCAUUGUCGAAUCUCCAUGUUGACUAUGUAGGUGUUUAUUAUACUAUUCCAGCUUUUCUCUGUAUGCCUAAAUUCAUAAUCAAUUGUAGGAAAUGCAAAACUAGUGGCAGAAGGCAAAUCAUUGGUUACCUGGGACCAGGAGUUGACUGAAAUGGGUGCUAGGGAACUUUUAGGGGUGAUGGAAAUGUGUCUUGAUCAUAUUGGUGGUUAAAGUCAUCAAACCACGCACUUAAAAAUGGGUAGAUUUGGUUGGAUGUGAAGUAUAUCUCAAUAAAGAUUGGGAGGAAGAAGGACAUUUUAAUAUUUAAAAGUUUAAAACUUCAAAUAAAAAAAUAGAAAAAUUUAGAACUUCAUAACCUUAGAACAAAGAACAGUCCUUUAUACUGAAUAAUUUGGUUCCAUGAAAAAACUGACAACAGUGUCCUUAUUUUUCUCAUUUCUCCACCAAGCAGAGAAAAAUGCAUUACAGACCAGGGGCUGGGAAUGACUACCAGAGACUACCGUUUCCAAAAAGAGUGAGGUCUGGCAUGCAGUCCACCCCAGAUUUUCCUACCUGCCCAGCAUUGGCAGGUCAGUGACUGAGACCUGCACCCUUGGGGGCCUGGAGCUAACACAGCUGCAGGAGAACGGGGGUCCCAGGAGCACCCACAGCUCAGGGCAGCCCUUCUGAUGGGGACACUGGAUGAAGGGCCCCAGUCAUUUUUCUUCCUUUUUUUUUUUUAAGGGACAAGAAAAGAUUUCUUCAAAACAAAACCUAACAUUCCCUUCACACAGACCACCAGUGUCAGCUCUUUGGUGUCUGUCCUCGUAGAUUAUGCAUAUAAUGUGUACGAUAACACACAUGUGUGCAUGUAUAUCCAUACAUAGACUUGUGUGUUUGCAAAAUGUGAUCAUACUGUACAUACCAUCCUAUGACCUUCUUCAUUCAGUCACAAUCUCUACCUUCCUAGUCCAGUAAUUUCCAUCCUACGUGUCAGAGCUCAUAUGACAUAUUACUGAUACAUUAUUAGAGCAUAUUCAGAUUUUCCCAGCGGGCCAGAAAUGUACUGUACAUCCUGUUUGUCCAUUUGGGACCACACGGUACAUCUGGAUGUUGAGUCCCUUACGUGUCUUAACCUAAUGCAUCUCCUUUCUAUGACAUUUACUUAUGAAAGAGAUCAGCCACUUUCUACAUUCAUCUGGUAGCUCUCUUGUGGUCUCAUUUAACUAUUCCUUGUAUUUCCUAAAAACGAGAAGUGAUGUCUAAAGGCUUGAUGGAUUCCAGCUGCUGCAAGGUGACCCAUCACAUUGGUUGACACUGUUUGUGAUGUGAAGAUUGACAUUAGACUGUGGCUGAUCCCCUGUUGUAUAGUUUCGCUUGCACCUUGUGAAGAGUCAUAAUCCAUAUGGCAUCACUUUGGUGUCACAGGAAUAGCCAUUUCCCCUUCAACACUUCACCUAAUGAUUUUCACACCAAUAAAGAAUCCUUGUCUGAGUCAAUGAUGUCAUCAGUAUUUUAAAACGUAAGUUUUACUAUUAUUCAGCUAUGGCGAGGUCAGCAGAUCUGGAGGCAAUUGCCGUUGAAAAGAUAGUUUGUUACAGUUACCAAAAAGAGGGGGCAGGCCAUGCGGGGAAGCACCAGGGCCAGUCAGGAGGUAGAAGGAUCAAGGAGAAAACAUGGGCAAGAGUUCUUUUGUGGUUUCCGUGGGAAAGAACUGGUGAGAUAGGGUAAGCAGACUUAAGAUUGGCUAUUUACUUCAGCAGGCCCUGGAGUGCAGGGGCUGUCUCCAGUUGUCUGAUACCUGGCCCCAGGGUGAUUAGGGCAGGGUAGUAGUGGCUCAGAGUGUCAGAGCCCAGCAAAGGAGGAAAGGAGGCCUUUGGGGUGUAUGGGCUCUGAGUUGGUUGGUUUGCAUAUGAAAAGCAGUCAUUUAUUCUCUCUAGGAAAGAGCUAGCCCUGGGAUGGCAGUCUCUCCAGGGUCAGCAAAGCCUCAGAUGUCAAAGCAUCAGAAUUACAGAAAACAAAAAGGCAUGAUUAAUACCAUCAGAGUUCGUCAAAUGAUGUUUUUCCAAUUCUAUCAUUCCCUUUGCAUUUAUUAGCUGGCAUUCCUACGUUAAAAUUUUCAAAGUUUUCUCCCUUAGAAAUUAAAAUUUUUCCCAACUUUAGCUAUUGCCAGCCAUUAUACUGUUGCAAUCCAGUGACUCAUUGAUUUGCUCAAAAGUCCACUGAGGCCCUAUUCUAGAUCCUGGAGAUGGGAUAGGAACAAAACAGUCAUAAAUCUCUACAGUCCUGGAACUUAUGUUGGGGUGGGGGGACAGACAAUUAACAAGAUAAAUUAUCUUGUAUGUCAGAUGCUGAUGAGUACUACAGAGAAAGGUAAGGCAGAGAAGGAGGACAGAAGUGUUGGGUGAGAUGGUACACAAUAGGAUAUAGAUAGAUAGGGUGACAUUGAAGUAAAGACCCAAAGGAGUUAAGGGAGUGAGCCAAGUGACUAUCUGUGGGAAGAGUGUUCCAGAAGAGGAAACAGUAAAUGCAAAGGCCCUGAGGCAGGUUUGAAGAAAAGCAGAAGCCAGUGGACUGGAGCAAAGUGGGCGAGGUGGGAAGAAGGGGGCCCAGAUCACGCAGGGCCUUGCAGACAUUAUCCAGACGUAGGUGGGAAGCCACUGGAGUGUUUCGAUAGAUGCUAACAACCCAAACGUCACUUUCUGCUUAGACUGGCUUCACUCCCAGACACCAGCUCAAGUCCAGUACAUAUAUGUGUUAGUGGCCACGCCAUCCCAUGCAUUCAUUCGCUGAGUAUUCUGUUCUGGGCACUGGAAUACAAAAAUAAGGGAAACACAAUGGCAUGGGUCCCUGACGUCAUGAAGCCUGGAGUCAAGUAUGGGAAGAGAGACCAUAAAAUCAUCUCCUGUACAAGCAUCGAAUGCAAUAGUGCCUCCAACCUAGUCGGAGAGGUUGGGGAAGGCUCUCCUGAGGAAGUGACUCUUGAGCUGGAAUCUGAAGGAUGAAAGGAGUCAAGGAGGAAAGGAGAAGAGGAUGGUUCCAGGCAAAAGCAAACAGCGGGAGGCGGUACAGGGAGAUGGGGAACAGCGGGCGGAGGCUCAAGCGUGUGGCUUUAAAGUUGUGUGCCUGUAGCUGAGAGCAAGGCGAGAUGCUGAGCAGGAGGGUGACUGCUCAGGGCUCGGAAGCCCCCUCUGCAGCAUGGAGAAGGAUGUAGUCAGACCAGGAAAACAAAGGGGCUGGUAUGGACUCAAGAGGGAGCGCUGGGGAUGGGAGACUAAGAUUCUGGAGACACUGGGGGCAAACUGACAGGACUCGUGAUGUAAUCAAUAGCACAUAGGGUAGAGGAGAGGGACAUGACUUGUUUGGCUUGCAUAACACCAGGGUUUAUCUUGAGGCUGACAUUUCUCCUUGACCUUUUUGUUUAUAUCCCCACCCCCAAGGUUGCCUUAGCUGCCUGCUGAGUUUAAUCAAUUUGGUUGAGCUCUUGAAAAUCCCUUCUCCUGGUGAAACCAGGAGUGAAGGGAUAAUCAGUCUAUUUCCAGAACCCAAAGUGGAUUAAGAUAAAAGAGCUUUCAUUUAGCUGUCAUCCCUCCCCCAAACCUUCCCCACUCAAGCUUGACAGCUCCUGCACUGGGAGCCCCUCUGGGCCCUUGUCUAAUGCUUUGAACUGCUGAAACUACCAUUUCUCCCGUCUCAGCACUAAUCCAGUUGCCACUCUACUCCUUAAAUGGGAUUUGGCUUCUAGACAUUAAGACCUGGGUGUGGGCACCCUCUCCAGAUUCCCUACAAAUUCCCCACACAGUCAGCCAGGGCCCAAGUGGGGUCAUCUGUUUAGACAGAGCAAGGGCUAGCUGCCUGCUCACCCCGGAGGACACAGAGACCCUCUCCUCACCUCCUGGGACCGUCCCAGCUGGUUGCCCAAGGUAUGUGGUCACCCUCGAACAAGCCUUCUCAGAAACUCAGGGCAGGGCGCAGGGAAGAGCCAGCGCCAGGAAGACUGACAUUUUCGUGUAGUCAGUCUGUCCCAGUUUCACCUUUUCUGUGUAGUUUUCAUGGACGUUGCUUGUUAAGGAGCGCACUGAAUUCCAGACAGCUCCGAUGGCCUCUUUGUUGUGGGGAAAGCUGGGGAGUGGUGAGAGACGGCAGGAAAGGGAAAGCACUGCUUAGUGUGAAUUGCUGAGCAAAACUUUUGGGGAUUUAACGUAUUUUUAAAAUGAUAUUCGUGAAGUGGUUAUGCUGUGGUUUGCAGGGACUUUUUCUAUUUUAAUUGCCGUAAUAGAUCGUCAAGAUAGAAUUUUAAAUUCCGUCUGGCUUAAUGUGACGAUACCAAGGCUUAGUCUCAAAGUAAAACCUUCUCACUGGAAUCUAUCUGGACGUCCUGGUGAGCUUUGCUAAGAAAUGUCUGAGGCUUAUCAGGAAAAAUAAAACACCUUUAAACAAAAAAAACACACUCUAGUAAAAUACAAACUAGACGAAGGCCUUAUUUAGUCAAAUGUGGGUACUGAGGCAGGUAGAAGGAAAUGUCUGAUGGAUGUACAGCAUCUCAUGUAUGGGUUUUAUUCACAGAAUGUUCCUGACUUUAUAUUUAAGAUGAUUUUACCUUUUCCUAGCCCUCUAAAACCUGACACAACACCCCAAAGGGAAGAAACUGCCAGGGACAGGUAACAUGGAGGCUAACGCGCAGGACAGUAAGUCUACACCAAACCACGUCAUCUUCAAGAAGAUCUCCCGGGACAAAUCGGUGACCAUCUACUUGGGGAAGAGAGACUAUAUAGACCAUGUUGACCAAGUAGAGCCUGUGGAUGGUGUCGUGCUGGUGGAUCCUGAGCUUGUGAAGGGAAAGAGAGUGUAUGUCUCCCUGACCUGCGCCUUCCGGUACGGCCAGGAAGACAUCGAUGUGAUCGGCCUGAAGUUCCGCAGGGACCUGUACUUCUCCCAGGUCCAGCUGUUCCCUCCUGUGGGGGCCUCGGAAACCCUCACGAAGCUACAGGAGAGCCUGAUCAAGAAGCUAGGGGAGCACACGUACCCCUUCCUGCUCAAGUUUCCUGACUACUUGCCCUGUUCGGUGAUGCUGCAGCCAGCUCCACAAGAUGUGGACAAGUGCUGUGGGGUCGACUUCGAGGUCAAAGCCUUUGCCACACAAGGCACAGAUACGGAAGAGGACAAAAUUCCCAAGAAGAGCUCCGUGCGUUUACUGAUCCGGAAGGUACAGCAUGCGCCACGAGAGAUGGGUCCCCAGCCGCAAAAGGAGGCCUCCUGGCAGUUCUUCAUGUCCGACAAGCCCCUGCAGCUCGCCGUCGCCCUCAGCAAAGAGCUCUAUUACCAUGGGGAACCCAUUCCUGUGACUGUGACCGUGACCAAUAAUACAGAGAAGACGGUGAAGAAGAUUAAAGUGCUAGUGGAACAAGUGGCCAACGUGGUUCUCUACUCGAGUGAUUGUUAUGUCAAGCCGGUGGCCAUGGAGGAAACACAGGAAAAGGUACCACCAAACAGCACCUUGACCACGACGCUGACCCUGCUGCCCUUGCUGGCUAACAACCUCGAGAGAAAGGGCAUCGCCCUGGACGGGAAAAUCAAGCACGAGGACACGAACCUUGCCUCUAGCACCAUCAUAAAGGAGGGCAUAGACAAGACCGUCAUGGGGAUCCUGGUGUCUUACCAGAUCAAGGUGAAGCUCACGGUGUCAGGCCUCCUGGGAGACCUCACCUCCAGUGAAGUGACCGCUGACGUGCCGUUCCGCCUCAUGCACCCCCAGUCUGAGGACCCAGAUAAGACCAAGAAAAGUUUACAGGAUGAAAAUUUGGUUUUUGAGGAGUUUGCUCGCCAAAAUCUGAAAGAUGGAAGAGAAGUUAAGGAAGAGAAGACAGACCAGGAAGCGGCUGUGGAUGAGUGAAGAGGCCGGCUCAGGACUCGGGAAAUGGGGUCGUUAGCAGCAUGGUAGCAGUGCCCCACAGUUAGCCCUUUAGUUAUGCUAAAUACCAAAGUGCGGGUCUUCUUCACAGAAAUAAAGUUUGUCUCUUCUGUCCUGGUUGUGAGUCAGGCUGACUUGUUGGGGAAGCUGAGUGACGUCAACAGCACGCAAGCUGCAGCCUUGAGGGGCCCUGAGUCUGGGCAGGGGGGAGGGCAGCAUCUAGAAAGGAGACC